AUGGCCGCUGCUCCAAUUAGAUUCUUGACCGUCGUUGAGGUUGUCAAGCUUCACCAAACGCUUAUCCCCGGGGGUAAGGCUACCCAGAUAGCUAUGCUUGAAUCUUCGGUCAACGCACCGGGGAACAAGAAUCACUUCGGGGGCGAAAAGGACAUUUUCAAGCUGGCAGCAUCUCUGUCCUCUAGCUUGAUGCUGAAUCACCCAUUCGCAGAUGCGAACAAGCGUACCGCUUUGCUCGCAGCUGAUGCAUUCCUGAAUCUCAAUGGCUAUCAGUUCAUGGACAAGAAUAAUCAGGCCAUUAAGGCCGCUCACCUUAAUCUUGUUACCAAUAAAAUCAAUGCCGAUAAGCUGUCUGCCGUUUACAGAGCGCAAGCGCAAAAGAUGUGA